ACUUGAGAGUUUCGUUGUCAUUUUUAUCUAAGACGUAUUUCAAUAUUGCAGUUUCAAUUGAAGUUGCUUCGAUAUUGUUUCGUGGGAACUUCCUUGAAAAUCACUUAAAAACAAAUAUGCAUAAAUUCUCUCUUGACGGUGACCACUGCUCUUCUAAAAGUCUUCGUUGAAUGGAAUUAUGAACGCGACAUCCCUUUGAAAUAAACAAUGAGUAACUAAAGAUAUAUCCGUAUAGAAUCCUGGGACAGAGUGAACAUUAGCGCGGCUUAUUAACGAAGAACGUUAUAUCUCUUUAUGCCAUUACACUAUUGAUUGUGUUUUUGCUACAGGUAUCGACAAAUUGUUGCUCUUGGUCGUUAACGUAUUGUUUCUGAGCGAUGACCUGUGUGAAGAAAGGUGCUGGUUAUUGAUUUGGUUUUUGUUAACAGACACCGAACUCGACUGAACUAAGAAAUACUUGCCAUAUCGGUGAUCAAAAGAAUUGAGUUGCUACGUAAUCCGAACAAGGAUUUUCAAAAUUCGAUCAAAUCGUCAUGAAAGUGUACAAGGCAGUUGAAAUUUUUUUCUGUUUCUUGUUUUGUUGUGGCGACUUCGUAUGUAGUAUGGAAGAACCUGUAGUCACUCGUGCAAAUUACGACAUUCUUCACUACGCGAACUGUGACGGGCUACAACCUCGUCAAUUUAAUUGUCAAGGGAACUCCGAGAGGUUUGGCGAUCCAAGAAUAUGCCAUUGUCGUUGUGAAGGGGGCUACCUCGCAUAUCGCGAUCCAGCCAUUUCUUAUGUGAACGAUACCUAUUCUCUUGUUCCUGGCAAGAGAAGAUGUAUCUGGCAUAGUUAUUAUGAUGAAGGGUGCAACAAUCUCCACAAAGCAGAAAGUUUACCACUCAAACGAAAGUUCAUUCCUGUGCCGACUAUCUUAGACCUGACAAAGUCGGGCAGCGUCGAACUACUACAGAACAAUCCUUUUAAAGAUGCGGAAAAUUAUUGCUUAGAGGCUUUCAUCCAACGACCUGGAGAGGUGAUGUGGACCCCCGUUGACAAAAGUGCUUAUGAGUUUCGACUGAAUCGUUUUGACGACGAAAAUAUUGUGAAGUUCAACCUAUCGUGGACGUUGAACGAUAAAAGUAUGAUCUAUGCUUACCAAGGCCUGAUAAUGAAAAUAAACUUCAGUGAUUGUGACCGUCUCUCCAAAUCAAAUUGUCUCAUGGCAAAGGUUGCAGGGACCUAUAUUGCCAGCCUGCAAUGUACUCAGCGUACAACCAGCGGUCGCUGUUGCGUGUUCCCUUUUGUAUAUUUGGGUAAAGUGUACAAUAACUGUUCUACGAUCCCGUCUCCCAACGGGAAAGAUGGUGUCUGGUGUGCUGUAAGUUCAGACAAAUCUGUUGAUAGUGGUAACCAUCGCUGGUGGGACUUUUGUGUGCCAGAUUCGACGACGCCCACCACAACAUUCAGAACUUUAGUUCCCUCGCCUCGUAUGAAGUCCUCUGACUCCGGUGUAUUGAUUUCAAAGUCCGUCACCCUUACUCCCUCCUCUGACUCCGGUGUAUUGAUUUCAAAGUCCGUCACCCUUACUCCCUCCUCUGACUUCGGUGUAUUGAUUUCAAAGUCCGACACCCUUACUCCCUCCAUGUAUGAUAGAUCAAGCGACAUUUUGCUCCCACCUACAGUGAGCGAAAGGAGUGAUGACUCGGGUGAACAGACAGGAACAAUUGUGGGUGUGGUUUUGGCCUGUGUUGUUUUCGUGCUGCUUGUUGCCGUCCUGGCUAUUUGCUAUAAACGUCGGAGAAGCAACCGAACAAAAACGAAAAGAAAAUCUGUGUCGAAAGAAGAUCUAGCCGAGUCAACAUAUCAGACCGUAACUGACUACAGCAGCCCGAAAACUACGAACAACCGCUUGAACCAUGGUUUCCAAUCCUCCAUUGAACUGACCGAUGAUAAAGACGCUGACGUAAUCCAACACAGUUACCUUGGUAGCAAAAGCAAGAUAAGCUCCGACACGCAUUUUUAUGACAAUCUUGACAACUUCAACAGAGCAAACAUCAAUUCCUCGUUUCCAGUUUACAGCACACCCGAAGCAGAUUAUUCGCUCGUAGCGAGAACACAAUCACGGAUGAAUCAACAUCCUUCUCCGAUAUCUCCUGUCAUGGUUUCUGAAAAUAAUGACCCCUCUACAAAGCAUCUUUACUCCGCUCUCGAGAGGGAUCACGAUCCUUUAAAACACCCCGAACCAAUAGACAACGAUACGGUAUUUGUUGAAUCCAAUCCCAUUUAUGGAAUGAGCUCCAACUAUGAGAGUGUGAACAAGGGACAGAUGGAGGAUGGAGGAGGUCUUGCCAAGAACAAACCACCGUCAUUGCCACAAAGGAUUUACGACGAACCGGCAAGUAUUUCCUCGGGAUUUGUUGAUCAGCCAGGACCUUCGGAAAUGGAUGUUUAGAACAGUGUUGGGAAAUUGCCCACUUAUUAUCGUCCCCAUAUCCUUAGUUAUUGUAUUCCAUGACACAAGUCGAAUUUAGCAAGUGCAUUCUUCUUUUAUUUAUGUUACACUGCAGUAAAUUGUAGCUGGUUACAAUAGUUUUGAUAAAAAAUCUGCCUUGGAGAAAAUAAAAAUACCAUACUGAAAAA